AUGAAAACCCUUCUACGAAGCAAGACUCUCACAUAUACCAUUGUUGACGCAUUUGACCAAAUCAUUUCCAAUUUCACAAAUGCAAAUACCACAGCUAUUUUCAAUCAAUCAGGUCCCCUCGUCCCUCUUCUCUGCAAUCCAUAUAAUGCCGACUUCACCUCUCGCCAGUGUGCGCCAGGGGAAGUCACAUUCAAAAACGCCAUCGAGGUGUGGAAGAAUUAUACGUGCCAGGCUUCAUCAUCUGAACAAUGUACGAAUGAAGGUCGUUUGACACCGAAGAUAUACAACAAACUUGCAUCUGCAGUGAAUGUGACGGAUGGUUUAUUUCAUUAUGGGCCAUUUUUCGUUGAUUUAGUAGAUUGCACUUUUGCACGUAAAGCAUUCUCAGAGAUUAGCAACAACUAUUGUCCUUCUCUGCGGAGAUAUACUGAAAGAGUUUAUUUGGGAACGGUUGUGGUAUCUGCGGCCGUAAUGCUCUCUUUGAUAUUUUGGAUCGUCUUUUUCAGAGAGCAGUGGCGGCGUCUUCGCAACUGA